AUGUAUUUUAAGUUUGAUGAAGAAAUGGCAAUUCUGGCGGAAAUUCUAGGGAAUGGGAGGACAUUUCUUCAACUCUGGUGUGUAGGAAUAACAGCCGUCAUACUAAUUUGGGGUUUGCGGGGUCGGACGCGAUCGAGAUUUAGAGGGGCUACGGUGUGGCCGCUUCUGGGCGUGCUUCCCUCUUUGCUUUUUAACCGGCGCCACCUUUACAACUGGGUUACUCAUCUGGUUGUCGUGAACGGCGGAACAUUCAGACUUCCGGGCCCUUGGAAAUGCCGGGUUUUUACGGCCGACCCAGCAAACAUAGAAUACCUGCUGAAAACAAGGUAUGCCAAUUUCGGCAAGGGUGAGAUUUUCAAAGACUCGUUUCGCCUCAUGUUCGGGGACUCGAUUCUGGCGCAAGACGGGGAGUCGUUCAAGCGUCUCAGUGUGCCUAUCGCCAAGGCGUUCUCCUCGCCCGCCUUCCGCGAUGGUAUGGUCGUCGGGCUGCCGGCCGUGAUGCAGCAAAAUCUUCUCCCCAUCUUCACCCACGCCUGUGAGAAAGCCGCCAUUAUCGACCUGCAAGAUGUGUUCCACCGGCUGGCUUGUCACAACGCGUGGCUCUUCGGCGCAGGUGUUGAACUUGAUUGCCUGAAACCGAGUCUGCCCAAAUUUCCCUUCAUAGAAGCCUUCGGAGAGGCCACGCAGUCGAUCAUGUUUCGCCUGCUCAUGCACCCGUUUUGUUGGAAAAUUUUGUUUGAGCGCCGUUUUCUCAAAGCCAAAGACUUUGUUUACGGCUUCUCUAUUCAACAAUGGUGUUCUCGCGGGUGUUCUCCUGUGUCUGACAUCGCAUCGGCCUUCCUUGAGUACGAGGGAGAGAGGGGGCGGCUUUAUUCUGACAAAAGAAAGUAUGAGUUACUUGUCAAUCUCAUUUUCGCGGGGAAGGACUCCAUUACGGCGGGGCUCACAUGGUUCUUCUGGCUCGUAGCUAAGCAUCCCCUUGUCGAAGCCCACAUUUUAGCAGAGCUCCGACAGAUCGUCAAACAGAGACAGAGUCCGGACGAUCAGAACCCAUUUUCUUUUAGCUUCGAAGAAAUAAAGGAGAUGGAUUACCUGCAUUCAGCAGUGACGGAGUCUCUCCGCCUGUACCCACCUGUUCCCAUUGAGUCCACGGUUUCCGCAGAAGAUGAUGUUCUGCCCGACGGCACGCCCGUGGAGAAGGGCGCGCAGGUUUUUUACUCGAUUUACUCCUCCGGCAGGUUGGAGAGCGUUUGGGGCGAGGAUUGCGUGGAGUUCAAGCCGGAAAGGUGGAUGAAGAAUGGUAGGUUUGUGAGGCAAUCGGAUUCCAAGUUUGUAGUCUUCAACGGAGGACCUCGGCGCUGCACUGGCAUGGAAUUUGCGUACUGGCAGAUGAAGUGGGCUGCGGCUUCAGUUCUUAUUCGUUAUUCCAUAAAGAUGGUUGAUAAGCAUCCCGUAAUUCCUAAGUACGGACUCUCGCUUUUCAUGAAGUAUGGUUUGCUCGCAACAGUUCACCAAAGAGAAAUAGUAGAUGGUGAGAGCAGCAAAUAA